UUUGUCUCGGAGCGUUCGACCGAUUAUCGUCUCAACUUCCGAACGCGCGAAAAAUCAGCAGCGCAUCCGAAAAUGCGCCACGUGCAUAAUCUUAUCUAAUCAUUUUGUUGUCAUCCUUUCAUACACGUAUCCUAUGAUCUGAUUUUUUUUUCAUUUGUCGCUAAAAUCUCUAUUGAAAAAGUGUUUAUCUCUCUUCUGCAUUCUUAUUCACAUAUAAUAACAUAUUGUGAUUUAUUUAUUCUUUCAACUCAACUGAAGUUUCUUUCCGUUGUUGGAGAAAGUAUUAAUUGCGAAUUGUUGUAGUGAAUUGUGUCGUGGCUUGAAAUGAAACAUUAGACAACUGCAAGAAUGACACGACCGUAUACGUUAUGUUUGGUAGUGAUAUUGAUGAUUUUCGCUGUUAUCAAGGCCUCUCGUGAACAGAUUAAUCAGGAUAAACAAAAAGUACAAAAUCGCGGUACUGCACGAUAUCAUUCCAAUUUAAUGUCAGAAUUGAGUGACUUUACUGCGCUGACAACCAGAUCACCUCGCGGUAAAAGUUCUCGUACAAAAACAACUCCCAAUUUAGAAAAAAAUGAAACACAUAUCGCAAGGGAAAGUCCAUUAAGAUCACGAUCAAAAUUAUCAAGAACAACUGAUAGCUCCGCUGUUACGUUACGGACAAAUACAAGAAAAUCUAAUGUUGAUAAUUCUCGAAAUCAUUUAAAGUUACAUACUUUACAAGAAGAAAUAACGAAGAAUCGACACGAUGAUAAUAAAGAGAAUAUGCCUGAAUCACAAAUACUAAAACAGCAAACAGCUUCUAGACGAAUAUCUUCGGACAUGUCUUCUGUUUGGAUAGAUAGUGCGAAAUUGGAUCACGAAGUGUUCACAAAAUCCGAUUACUCAAGAUCAAGAACAGGAAGAAAGAUUUAUACAAAUUAUAACGGGAAAGAAUUGAAAAGUCAAACAAUCCCGCUUAGAAAGUCAGCAAAAGAAAACAUAGGAAAGAAUAAAAGUUCAAUCAAUGAAUUGGAAAAGAAAGAAACACAAUUAGAAUAUCCGAUAGUCAAGAAAAAUGCCUCGAUAACUAAUGUAUCAAGAGUGAUAGAUACGAAAAACGCAAAUAACUCUAACAAUCGUAAAGCAGAAAAUAUAAAAGAACAAGAUGUUUUGCCAUUAAACUCUGAAAAUGUUUUGAGAGCAAGUAUUACUCCAGCAAUUGAAAAUAGCAAAGAUGUCAAUCUUUUAAUAUCUGCAACAAUGUCGUCCAUUAACUCAUCUCCGAGACAAACUUUAAGAUUGAUCAAGGAGAAAGUGGAAAACAACAAUAUUGCAGAAUCAAACACAAAGAAGAGGAAACAAUUUGACCGAUCGAAAUCUCGAGGCAUAUUCAAUGCACAUAAUCCCGAAAUUGUAAAUUCCGAAAGCAUUCCCCGACGGAAUUCGUCCAGAUUCGCCGACAUUGUGAAUAAAGAGACAAACAGACGUUCUUCUAGUGCUAGAAAUAGAUCUAACACAAAAAACAUUAAUUCCGGAAGUCAAUCCGCGUAUAAGUUGAGAAGUACAAACACGACAGAAGUAAGAGGUAAUGCUGCAAAUAAAAAUGUUGACAUUAAUUCUGAAAUAAAUAUAAAUGGACAAACAAAAACACGCAAUUUGUCUAACAAAGAACAUACGAUUGAGGAAAAACAAAAAUCCAAGCAUGAUCAUAAAUUAAAAGUUACAGAACUCAAAAUGGAUAAACAAAAUAUUCGGACUCAACCUGGAAAUUGGUCGCGCACAGUUAGUAACUCCGACAUUAUCACUACUAUUCCAAAGGCGACAAUCGAAACUACGACUGUUUCUUCUUUGAAUACACAAACGACAUUAAGUUCUAUUUCUACGAUGAGCAAAUCAUUAACAAUCGCUCGAGUAUCCUCUUCAACUGAACAAAUUUCUAGAAACAAGGAAAGAAAAGAUUCUCGAAUGAAGAAACUUCCGAAGGAAGAUUUCUUUAAUCAUGGUCUAGGCUUUCGAGGUCGAAAAAUCGAGGAAUCUUCUUCAAUUAUUGCAGAUUUAAAGACUACUACGUCUAAAAGUGAGACUCAAUUACGUGGCAAUCCCGGAUGGACUCUCAAACGCCGAUUUAAUUAUGUCAAUCAGGAUAUUCCAUCAACUACCUCUGCAGUUAAUCGAAAUCAGACUGACAAAAUCAUCUUAUCCAAUCAUCUAUCGAGAAGUACCGAAGUGCCAUUAAGUAAUGCAAAAGUUUUAACAAGAGGCACUAAAAGACCAAAAGCAAAAGACAAGAGCAAUAUCAUAUCAGAUAUCACGCCAAAAGAUGUAACAAGAGGUAAUAAGACUUUUAAUAAAUCCGAAGCUUUCGAUUUACCUAAGAAAACUGAAUUGGAGGAGAACGAUAAUUAUCCUUUGGCAUUUCGAGCUAAAUUAUCUCAAUUGAAAAAUUCUAACUUGAAACUUACUGAGGAAAAGAGUACAACUAGGAGUAGAUUACAGGCAACGAAAUCGAGCCCGGUGAAUCUGUUCUCCGAAAGAUCUAAACUGAACCUGGACUUAGCUAGAAAGUUGAUCAAACCUGAACUGAACGUUGAUGAGAACAACUUUAAUGAAAAGAUCUUCCCUUAUUCCGGCAAAUCGCAAGUAAAAGAAAUUUCAACUGUCAAUGAAGACAGAAAUAUAGAAAAAACUACAAAAACGACUAUCAAAUUCAAUGAUGCACAUGUGUCACAUGGAAUUGCAAAUACACAGAAAGAGAAAUCAAUUACAAGAGACAGAUUGAAGAUCUUCGAGGCUAGAAAAUCCUCAAAAGAUCAAAAUGUCAGAGAUUCGUUUAAAUCCAUAAUUAAAAAGAAUCAGAGACCUUCAGAAAGAAUGAUCACAUCUUCGCCUACAGAAGGAACAUCGAUGAGUAGUAUUACUAAGUUUAAUACUAUGCCACGCAGAAUCACAGCUUCGCAUCGAGGUAUCACAUCUGUAGAGGAAACGACCACCAUGACUAUCGAUACGACGAGAGUUCGAUCUUUAAUAUCACAGAAUACUAUGCCGCGAGAACAAACAUUGGCAAACAUAAUAGAAACUCUUGAUGAAAAUAAUAUUGUAACUAUCAAACCAUUAAAACAAAAUGAAACAUCUAUCAAAAUAAUUAAAUCAGAUAAACAAAAACGCAAUAAUACGAAAGAAACUGCUGUGACAAUGGGUACUACAUCAAUUACGGACGCAUCAAUAGAAUCUACGAACAUUUACACCACAGAACUCCCUCAUGAGAUAACAUUGUCACCAACAGUUACCACGCCGAGCAGCAUGCAUUCGUCAGUAGAAUCAAAGAAGAUAUAUCCUGUUUAUAUUCCUGACGCAAAGAAAUAUGAUUCAUCGGAAGACAAGAAUAGAAAACUUAUGAACAAUACGAACAAAAACGUUUUUCAACCUCGUUAUACAAAGCAACAGACACCGGACAAAGUGGCGAUUUCCAUGGUAACAUCGAUGACUGUUGGGCCCACCAGCCGAUACAUCAAGAAGAAAUCGGGCGUUUUCACGCCAUACGAUGCCGUUUCCAAGCCGUUAAGCACAGAGGCGACAUUUAUACACACGAAACAUAGGGAGUUCCGUCCGCGAACAGCAACUUACAGGAGACAUUCCGAAGUAUCAACUAACCAUUUGAUGACCCGACAGUCAACUAAGCCGAAUAAGGAAGGAACUGCUGAUAUCAUCAGUGUAACACCAAAACCAACUCAGUAUCAUGCGCAAGUCAUCACAGAAAAAAGUCGUUCCAAAUCUUCUGAAUCACUCGUUAAUGUGAAAAUUGACUCUUCAAACAACAGCAUACCACUAGUCAAUGAGAAUAGUAACGGCUCUAAUAUUUUCAAUCCCACCAAAAGCGCAUUUUCCAGCAAGAACACUACUACAUUAUUGGAGCAAUUACGGAGUACUGUGGCACCGCUCUUGAAUACUUUAAAUGAUAAAACCCCCAUUUUCUCCAGAGCUUAUUCCAACGUAAAUACUGGGAACUCCGCUCCUAGGAUAACGCCUAAUGGUUCCCCACCUAGAUUCAGUGCGAGAUAUAAAGGAGCGGAAUUGUUUGUGAAAAAACCGUCUCCUGAUCAAGUUGUAAUACCAUCAAUCACAACAUCAUCGACUACGGUUUCGACACUGAUAAAGAAUUCUGAUUUGGCGUCGCCCGUUCACAUCAACAGCCCCGGCGAGCCCAGAUUCAUCACUUUUUAUCAAGCAUUAGAGUCAGCUAGCAUAAGAAACGAAAAUCUUGGCAUAAAUGAUGUGUCUCAGCGGCAAAAACUAACUGGCGGGGUAAUGAAGGAUACAACGGCAACAACAAUCGCCCAAGGGACGGCGGUUGGCUCAAGAAUUAUUCAAUCCGAGCAAUCAACUGAAACGAUCAUUACUAGUACUCUUAUCACAUCCUCCGAAUCCCCCAUGGUCGACACAACGACCAUUUUACCCUCAUCAAUUGAAUCAACAACGGACAGUAUGACAUCGACGUCGACAAUGACGACAACGACUCUCCCAACGAUAUCAACAAAAUCACCAAUCAAGCUUGCCACUGUCGGGUCUAUGCCCGAGACGACUAUUCCAGCUAUAGAUAUUAACGAAAAUCUUAUCUCUACCGAGAUGACAACCACUGAUACUCGAGACACAACGGUUGCUUCAAUGGAGUCAGAAGAAUUGAUGACAACAAAGACAAUCGCAUCUGUCACAAGCAUGCCGACGACAAUUACAUCACCGAUCACGCGGAUUACUACGUCGAAUCGAAUAAUGUCACGUCCGCCGCUUACAUCUUUUGGUGUUCAAAACAUGAGAUCUUUUAGUGGCAACCAGGCGACAUUGGCUUCAAAAUCCAGUUCUUCCAGUAAAGCACCCGUCCGUGACUACCAGAUUUAUGGUAUUUAUCCCAACAAAACCAUCGUGCGGAAACGACCGGAGGACAAUUUAAUCGAUGCCAGGAAUAUAAAUAGUCCAUAUGUGAUAUUCGGCAUUUUCCCGGAUGGCAAACUGGUUCGCAAGUUUCCUAACGGAACCAUAAUACCGGAUUCACCUAGAAACCCAGUUGAGGUUGUGUUUACGCUCAGUACCACUACUAACCGACCAACAUCCAGGCCGUAUUAUAACCAAGUUAACCAAGCAGGCACUUAUAACCAAUAUCAAACUCCGGUGUACUAUAGUAACCCGAUGUACUAUAGUAGACCUAUGGACAAGCUGACGGAAAACAUUCAGAGUUCCAGCCCUGUUGAUUUUGGACUUAUCGAUAAUGCGAUCGGCAUUUCCCCUGGAGUUGGCCCAAAAUUCACAACAUCAUUUGGUUACCCUGAUAACGCUCCAUGCUCAAACAAAAUGAAUAAUAUGUUAUUAAAUACCCGAAUGAAUACGCUGCCAAAUACAGCUUCGAUGUUUAGUAAACUGCAAAAGCCAAUUGACUCUUUUAUCAUCUCGGAUCGCGAAACUAAUGAAGCUUCUCGAAAAAAAGUGACAUCUAAUCAACACAGUUCUGUAUAUAUCGGACAGGAUAAAUUUAUUAAUUAUCAGAUCAAUGGUGCACCUGAUAUCAAUCCAAAAGUGAUCGAUGUGAAAAUAAAUUCAGUCGCUACCUCUGUGAACGAAGAUGUAGCAUCAUCUAGGACAUCGAUCCCAUCUUUUGAAAAUUUACUAAAUAAUCAAUCGGGUAGUGGUAUAGUAACAACACUUCCCGGUUUUCUUUGGAAAGAUCCUCUCGAACAGAUAUUCGGUAUCACCACCAAUUCACCUAUGCAAACAGCAUCUGUAGCAUCGAAUCAAUUGUCGGCUGAAAAUGAUGUACCGAUUACGUCACGUCCUAUAAAUUCCUUGGUGGAAGUCUUCACGCCGGUUAUAAAUAGUAUAACUUCAACGAAUCCUGAAAACAAACCAACAACUAUAUCAAUUAACCCGAUUACAACUACUACUCCUAUUACUACCAUAUCAAUACCAACUACCGUACCAACAACUAUUGCUGCUACUACUACAACAACACCUGAGACUACAACAGCUGCAACUACAACAACAGCUGCAACUACAACAACAACUGCUACUACAACGACAGCUGCAACUACAACAACUGCUGCAACUACAACAACUACUACUUCGAUCAUUCCUACAAUAACUACCACUCCUACAACAACUACCACUUCUACAACAACUACCAUUCCUACAACGACUACGAUAAGUCAAAUAAAGAGUAGUAUAUUUUCUUUUCCUCAGCUUACAACAGCCACCAUAAAAGCUAACACUUUAUCAGAUAUAACAAAACGUUCAAAUACAGUCUCAUCAUUACCUACUGCAACAAUAUCUGCAAACAACAUAUUAAACGAAUUACAAAUGAAUACGAAGGAGAACGUCUUUGGUACAACAUUCGAAGAUUUGACUUUCCUGAAUUCAUUGUUACAGAACAAUAACGUUAAAACUACAUCGAAAACACUAAAUGAUAUAGAACAAAUGUUAGCAAACAGGAUCUUAGCACUUGCACUGACUAAACCUGGACCGACACGAUCGCCGAAAGCGAUUAAAACCGAAAAUUCAAAUAGCAUUCUUAAUACAGUCAAGGAUUUUCCAUCAUUUGAAUCAUCUUCCGAACCGAUAAUAAUCGAUUUAUUGCCAGUUUCAUCAACGCUAUCACCAAGUGUUAGUAGCACUGCAUCGACUACAAAAAAAUAUAUCGAAGCGAGAACGCCCGCAUUGAUACAAUCUAACGCUGUACCAAUUACUACGACUAAGAUACCAAUCGUUAUUACUGCUAAAUCUAAAACGACAAUGCGACCCAAGACUACUACUCAAGCACCCGUGGGAUUUGGUGUAAGUUUAUGGCGAGCAUUGUUCGGCAGCAACCGUUUUGAAGCGUCCACAAGAGCAAGUGUUAAGAAAAAUCCAAAACCUGUGACUUCUAAACCAAUCCAUGUUACUCAAAAAUCUAUUGAGAUUCAGAAACCAGUACCAGUACAAGUACAAACUGUACAAUCAACUACGCAUACAAGUCAUAUAAUGUCCGCGAUCAAGUCGCAUACAACGCCAAGAAGCGUCAGUAUUUCGGACAUCCAAGUGAUCUCGACUAAACCGCAUGCAGACAAUAUUGAUUCCGCCUCUGCUUCGACACCAAGUUCAAUUUCAACACAAAAAGCAUUGUUAAACAAUCCAAAUCCUAGAUUGAAUAAUGUCCUUACGUCUACACAUUCACCCGAGGAUGAUACGAAAUUCUUAGUCGCACUCUUGCAAGCUAUACAAACAGAAAUGAAAACUAGCACUUCUACAACACCUAAAAUAACUGAAGAUGAUGAAGCCUUUUUAAGAGCGAUUUUAAAUAAUCAAGCUAGCAUUUCUACUGCGACACCAUUAACAACCGAAUUGAAUCCUGCUGCUAUGCUAGCAUUACUUUUAAAACAACAAGGCAUAGAACCGUCAACACCAGCAAUAAAAUUUAGGGAACAAUUGCAAUUAGCUAACCUGGACAUGACCACUACUCGAUCAAUGACAAUGACCACUAAUCGACCAACCUUCAGUUCGAGCACGAUUAGCACAAGAAAACAAUCGACUACACCGAAACAAUCUUCUAAACCAUCGAAAGAUAAUCGAAAUCCUGAUUAUACGUGGUCUCCCAGUUCAACAUAUCCACCUCCUCUUUUCGGAGAAAAUUCGAGUAGUGGACUGAUUACUGCUACUAGAGCUAUCGGUCAAUUUCUUGGCGCUGCUAUUACGGGUGCAGCUCAACAAUUACAAUCUUUUCUAAGAAAUAGUACCAGAAGCAUAAAUGGAUAAUAUUAGAAAAGGACAAUAUAUAUUCAUCCGACAAUAUAUAUUCAUCAUUUCCGUUUUUUGAGAACAAAAGUCAGAAUUGAUGUUAUAGCAGUUAUUAAUCAGGAUUACGUUCCAAAACAUCCUCUCUAGAGAAAAAUUUUACUCUAUAACCAUUCUAAAAUCUCUUCGAGCAUUUCAAAACUGAGAGGAAACAUUCGUGUUUUCUCCAUUUGUGUAAAAUUCUCACCUGCAUUUUGACUAAACGACAAGCAAUAAAAAAUGGCGAAAAAAAUGGAAGUGUAAGUUGAAAAUUUUUUAAAUCCAAAUUAUAAAAUAGAUAACAUUCCAAUUGUAUUCGAAUUUUAUAAGAUAAUAGUAUUUCCUUUUAAUUACAUCCAGUGCGUUCCAAAACUCGAUUACUUUCGUUACACAAUUUGUUUCUCUUCAUUUACCUUGCGUUACCACUAAUAACAAUUUUGGAACGUAGUCUAAAAACAUAGUUACUGUUGAAAACGCAUUUAAUGAUAAUAUGAAAAUCGACGCUACGAAAACUCAAAAUGAACAGCACAAAGUAACCUAAUAAUUCAAGUAGCAAAGAGAUGCCAGAAGACAACAUAAUAACAAAAAAAUUUAAUCAUCCAUACAGCAUAGAAACUUCCAUCAACAUUGUUACAAUGUUACAACAUUGCUCAUUGCAGUGUAAUGUUGCGAAAAUAUUGUAAAGACAUUAUUUUAUAAUAUUAUUUUAGCAAUGUUGCAGUAACAUUUUAAAAUAGCGAAAAUAUAUAAUAGCGUAUGACAUGUUUUUUCACUUGCCACUAUACGGCAACAUCAAACUUAACUCGUAUUCAAAUUUUCAUCUAAAAUAGAUAUAGAGUUUACAAAGAACUAAUGUAGUAAGGUAUAUUUCUUGUCUUGUGUCAGUUUAAUUUCUGAUAAGCUGGCUUGAUUUGUUUAAUAUUCUGAAUCAAAUUAUUUGUUUAAUAAUUUGGAUCCCUCGUUGAAAUUCAGAAUAUAAACAGAUUUUUCUCAAUUGGGAGGGUAAAUGGGAAAUAGUACAUUUAUUGCACAUAUUAAGAUAUUCUGGUGUUG